AUGUUCUUUACUAUUGUAUUCAUAGCUAUAAUAUUGGUUAUUAUUAUGAUUCUAUUACCUUAUUUUUCAGGUUUAACUAAAGUUGAAUUAGAUACUCAUCAUCAUGGCAAUAAGAAUAAGAAACAAUCAAUACCAAUUCAGCAACAUCAAGAACAACAAUAUGGUUAUAUCCCACCUGAUGAAUUAUAUCAACAACAACAUCCAGAUAAUGAUCAUCAUUCUAAAACUAGUGCAUUAAAAGAAAAAUUUCAAUUGACUCAAGAAGAUAUGCCGAUUAAAAUCAAAUUAACUGAUUCAGAAGGUUUAAGAAAACGUAAAAAGGAGAAAUUAGAUCUUGAUACAAAUCCAAAUAAUUACGACUAUGAUAUUGAUGAAUUAAUACAAGAAGAAAAUAUAAAUGCAAAAGAAGAACAACAAAAAGAAUUUUAUAAAAAUCAACCAUUUGGUAAAGAAAGAGAAGAAAUGGUUUAA